AAUCAUGUGUGUGUGCUUGUUUAUAGGUUUAAAAGAAAAUCCAUCGAUGGAAGCUCUGGUUCCAGUGAUGGCUCUGGAAACACGGCGGUGUCACAUCCCAUUGCUGCCGGCACCCCUGAAGGAAACAAUUACGGGGCAAUAGAGGGGUCAAGUUCCAGUCCUGGCAGGCAGAUGUCCUCCCCCAAUAGUGGGCAGACGUUCCAGUCAGACACAGACAGCUCCGUGGAGGAGAGUGACUUCGACACCUUGCCAGACAUUGAGAGUGAUAAGAACAUCAUCCGGACCAAGGUGUUCCUUUUCCUGUCAGAUCUGUCCCGGAAGGACCGGAGAAUUAUCAGCAAAAAAUAUAAGAUUUAUUUUUGGAACAUCGUCACCAUUGCUGUGUUUUAUGCACUGCCUGUGAUCCAGCUGGUCAUCACCUACCAGAUAGUAAGUAUUACCCAGAAGCCCAGAAUCCCAGCUUUCAUACUGCAGGGAGAGAUCUUUGCUAUGACUUACAGAGAAAAGUAUAUAUCACUUGAGCUCAGUCCAAUUAAAAGAAAAGCAAUGUGUGCAGCCUCUCAUUUGAUGUUUUCUUACCAGGACAGAAUGGUGUUGCUCAUCUUGGGGAAUCUGUUUAACGGGUCCUUCGCGCUCUAUGGACUGAUCUAUCGGCCCAGGGACUUUGCUUCCUACAUGCUGGGGAUCUUCAUCUGUAACCUGCUGCUCUAUCUGGCCUUUUACAUCAUCAUGAAGCUUCGCAGCUCAGAGAAGCUCCUCCCGACCCCGCUCCUCUGCAUCGUGGCCACUGUUGUGAUGUGGGCCACCUCGCUGUACUUUUUCUUCCAGAAACCCAGCAGCUGGGAGGACACCCCAGCUGAGUCCCGGGAGAGGAACCGGGAGUGUAUCCUGCUGGAUUUCUUUGAUGACCAUGACAUCUGGCACUUCCUCUCUGCCACUGCCCUGUUUUUCUCAUUCUUGGUUCUGUUAACCCUGGAUGAUGACCUGGAUGUGGUCCACAGAGACCAGAUCCCUGUCUUCUGAGCCUCCAGCUUUAAGAGAGGGAGAGGGAGCAGUCGAUCUAGGUGCUGUUUCAUGAAAAUACAGGGACCAAAAAAAAAAAAAAAAAAUACAGGGACUGCCGCAAAGUCACCACUGCCAAGUACUCCACUCCCGCUCUGUCAAGUCAGCUCUGCACACAUUUCCAUAGGAAGGAGAGGGGCUGGAGGGAGACUCUAGUCUGCCAGAAGGGGGGCAGAGGGGAAGCCACGGGUAUGGCCAGAGGCAAGCCCUGAAGAGUCAAGAGACCCCCAUCCCCUCCCGUGUGCAGCCCUGAGCUAGACGUGGACAAAAGCUGCAUCAAAGUCAACUCACUGUCUCGAGACCCCUCCCACCCUCACCCGACAUUUGCCAGCAAGGGCAGGCGACGCUGCACGCUUCAUCCAGCUGCCUCCAGGCCCCGAGAGGCCAGCAGCUUGGGUCUCCUGCCCACUUUAGGGGGGGCCCCUCUGCACCUCCACUACAUCUGCUGCUCUAGACAUCCCAGAGCACCAGCUCGCUCCUCUGAGGUCCAGGGAUGACGCAGAUUCCUCAGAGUCUGCUGGAGGGCUGAACCCAACCCCCUACCCAACUGGGAUAGAUAUUUUAGCAGGACCAGCCAGUCACCUCCUUGGAAGGAAGGCUGUAUGUGUCCCCCAGGUUCCUGACCCCAUUAGAAGGGCUGUGGAUUGGGCUUUGUCACACACUUGUCCUCACAGGUGACUGUCUCUGGGACCAAGGCUUGGGUGCUUACCUACUUCUUAGUGUCUUCAUCUCACCCCUGUGGGCUGACCCCACAACUCAGGCUCCGCUUUCUUGGGAAGGCCCUGUUACCGCCUCAGCUCCAAGGCAGAAGGGGAAACAGGAAAAACUCUUCUAGCAGCAGGAGUGAGAGGAACGACCAACAGGGCUGACAGACUGGCAACAUCAGAAUCAAGCAAACAGACCUCACCCUAAGGACAUGGGCUCCUGGGGCAAAUGCAGCAAAGGCGAAAUUGCUUCCUCAUGCCUCCAAUUCAGACAGCUCAAUUCUGUGCCCACGUCACCUGUGGAGAAUAAACAAUUGCUCUAACCAGAGGCACUGCACUGGGGGUCCUCCACCACCGACCAAGCCCCCUACCUGGCACUUUAUGCUGAUCAGGGGCUCCAGAUUUUCUCCCUGAAGUUCUCUAGAAGUAACUCUCGGGGUGAACACAUUUUACUCAUCCUCCUGAGUUGUGAAGAGCAAGCCGAUUGAGGAUUGUCUUUUGGUUGCACCUGAUUCUCAUUCUCUCCCCCAGUAAAGUGUUGCAGAGCUCAGCAUCCCACUUCACUCACGCUGUCUGGCAAUUCUGCUCCUGACAAGCCCCAUUUGGACCAAGCACCCUCAUUACCUGGAGUAAGAUGUAAUCAGAAAAUAGACAUAUGAAUGUGUACCCCAUGUAUAUUUGCCUGUGAAACUGAAGUCACCUGUCACUUCUGUUUUCCUGAUCGUUGAUUAGAGAAAUGGAUAAUAUUUAAAAAUAUAUAUGAUUCUGUCUCUAAAAUAUUUGCAUAAUGUUCAAAAUCACAUUUUGGAAGUUUGAAAAGUUUAAAAACACAAAGAUGCUUUUAAAGAAGCGUUUUAUGAUUUGUUUUUCUAAAAUGCCCCCAAAUUCAUAUUUGGUUUUCUGCUCUUUAUUCCUUAGAAACUGUUGGCUUCCAUAGGCCACACGAAGGCCACCUAUUAAAUGGUGGUGUUAGUCUAACAUCUAAAACAAAUUUCAAAUCUGUUUAACUAUGGCGUAUUUGAUCUAAUUCUUUUAUUUUAGUGCACUGAUGGUUUCAAAUCAAAAAAAAAAAAGGUGCACUAAGGAAAUAUGGACAAAGUCUGUUCGAGUGGCCCAAAGUGAAUAAACCGUGACAUGCGUUA